CCUGACACAUCGAUCGAGAAGCACGCAAAACACGCAUCGUCGUCUGAGAUAGACAGAUAGAUCCAAUCAAUCCCUACGGCAUCCGGUCUCUCAGUUAGCAAGGAAUCAAUCCAGCGAAACUACGAUUUCCCACUAAUACCAGCAACCAUGAAGAUCCCUGCCGCCUCCCUCUCGGCUCUAUUUGCCACACUGACUGCCUCGACCGCGGCAUUUGCUCCCACGUCGACGGCCUCCCGAAGUUCCACCGUUGCCUUUCGUCGGGCUUAUUCUCUAGCGAUGGCCGAUAAGCCGUACGAACCCGAUCCCGACUUCGAUUACGACAUGGUAGUGAUUGGAGGUGGGUCCGGAGGUGUUCGCGCCUCUCGAAUUGCUUCGGGAUACGGCGCCAAGGUUUUGUUGCUGGAGGGCCAGAACCAACACGGACCCCCUAACUACAGUGCCAUCGGAGGAACCUGCGUGAAUGUUGGCUGCGUUCCGAAAAAGCUCAUGGUAUUYGCAUCUCGCUACCCCGGUGCCAUUGGUGAAAUGACUGGAUACGGAUGGGACGGAGCCACGCCCGGAAUCUUUUCGUGGGACAAAUUCAUGGAAGCUAAGAACGAAGAAAUCACCCGUCUCAACAACGUYUAUUCCAAGUUUGUUCUCGGCAACGCUGGCGUCGAAACCAUCGAGGGACUCGGAAAAUUGAACGGAAAGAAUUCCGUCGASAUCUCACUCACGGGUGGUGGCACCAAGACGGUUUCCGCCAAGAACAUCCUGAUUGCCGUCGGUGGAUGGCCCUUCAAGCCCAAUAUUCCUGGAAUCGAGCACACCAUCACCUCUAACGAAAUUUUUUACCUAGAGGAACAACCCAAGCGCAUGGUCGUUGUUGGAGGUGGUUUCAUUGCCUUGGAAUUUGCCCAGAUCAUGGAGGGCCUUGGAACGGAAGUAACUCUCAUGUACCGAGGCGAUAUGUUCCUUCGGGGAUUCGACAACGACAUCCGAAACCACCUUUACGAAGAAAUGGAACGCAACACUAGUAUCGACAUUCAGCUCAACACGGAUCCUACCGAAAUCAUCAAGAACGAGGAUGGAUCGUUCACAGUGGUCACUGGAGAUGGAAAGAAAGUUGACUGCGACCAGGUCUUGUACGCCACCGGUCGCAAGGGAAAGAUCGAAAACCUCAAUUUGGAAAGUGCCGGCGUCAAAACCGAGGGAUCCUUCAUCCCAGUCGAUGAGUACUCUCGAACCAACGUCGAGGGAGUUUAUGCUGUCGGCGAUGUGACAGACCGCAUUGCUCUGACRCCCGUCGCUCUCAUGGAAGGUCACUCGCUCGCCGAUACCGUCUUYGGGGGAAUGGACCGCCCCUGCGAUCACGAAUUUGUCGCUUCGACCGUCUUCACGACACCAGAAAUCGGAACCGUCGGAUACUCCGAGGAAGAAGCCGCUGCCAAGUACGGCGACAUCACCGUUUACAAGACAAGAUUCCGACCUAUGGCCCAUUCGUUCCCGAAGAGCGAAAUGUUCACAAUGAUGAAGAUCAUUGUCGAUACCGCGACCGACAAGGUGGUUGGUUGCCACAUUGCUACAGAUGGUGCCGGAGAAAUGAUGCAGGGUGUUGCCAUUGCCGUGAAGAUGGGAGCCACCAAGGCCGACUUUGAUAAGACAAUCGGUAUCCAUCCCACGAGUGCCGAAGAACUUGUUACGAUGCGAACUCCUUCGUACCACUACAAGGACGGGAAAAAGGUAGAAGARUAAACGAAACAAUAAGCAAUUGUGAAAUAUCGAAAAUGUACAAACCGAAUGGWGCAUAAAUCAAUCUGUGCACA